ACAGCCCGCGUCGGUGGUCUCCAAGGAAACCGUUUGUGCUUCUCUGUAAUGCUCCACCCAAAGUGGAAGUAAAACUCCUUGAGCAGCAACACGGUGCUGUUUUACAUUUCAGCCUGAAUGCUUCAGUGUAAAACUUUAAUGUUUGUGCUCAGGGCCGUGUGGCUGAAAGUCUCUGGCUCGGUAACUGUGCAGCGGAGAGCCGGAGCUGAGAAGUGGUCGAUCGCCAUCAUCUCUUCCUUUUGUCCCUAAAUCUUGUAUCAUGCCAGGACAGAUCUCCCCAACCUCUCCUUCCUGGAGUGCCUCAAUCCCCACUCAGCUGUUCCACUUCCGUCUCCGUAUUGAGCCGAUUGACUGGCGCCGUAUGGCAGCGCUGGAUGUGGACCGCGUGGAGAGAGAAACAGACAUAAAUGUGCUGCAGGAGUUCAUCAGUUCUGUGACUUUCUGUGCCGUGGAGGGCGAGCGGUGUCCGCAGUGCCGCUGUCCAACUGACACAACGCUGCUAAAAGUUCUGCGCAUGUCACAGCUCAGCACAGAGUACCUGCUGCACUGCCAGGACUAUCUGAGCUCACAGGUGGCAGCGCUGGAGGAGCGUUUGCAGGGGGCAUUGUCCCAGGCACUGCGCGAGGAAGAGGAGCGAGCACGACUGGAGAAAGAGCUGCAGGAGGUCAGGCUGGAGAGCCGGCGCAGGAAGAAACUCAUCGCCACUCAACAGCUCCUCCUGCAGUCCAGUGCCAAUAAUUACCACAAGUGCCAGUUCUGUGAAAAGUGUUUCGUCAAUUACUCUUACUUACAGUCUCACGUUCAGCGCAGGCACCCUGAGAUCACUGAUGCAGAGAAACAGAAGAAGUUGCAGGUGGAGCAGAUGAAGGAAGGGUUGGAGGAGCUGAAGGAGAAAUUGAGACUGACUCAGAGUCGACUCGAAGCAGAGAGAGAGGCAGAUGCGUAUCGGAGACAGCAGGAGCUGGAGGAGCAGCGAAGAAGAGAGGUGUCAGACCGGGAGAUGAUAGAGAGAUACAAAGAGGAGGAGAAAAGGACAUUUCAAGAUGAAAUUGAUGGCCUGCGACGGCUUCUUCACCUGGAGUUUGAACAAAUUAAAACCAAGAGUGUCUCUAUAGAGGCUAAACUGCAUGAGCUGGAGAGCAGAGAGAGAAACAUGUCUAAUAUAAGAGGUGAGGAUGAAUUUGAGAAAGAACGAAGGAGGAUCAGAGAGAGAGAGCUGAAGGAGCAGGUGGUUCAGAAGAAGAAUAAAUGGAAGAAGAAAAUGAGAGAGCUGCAGAACAGGCACCAGCUGGAGAAAGAAGAGCUGGAAAGUGAAAAUAUCAGGCUGCAGAAGGCCUUGUCUUUGGAGGAAAGCACUAGUUCUAGUGUGAACUCGCUGAAGCAGCAGGUUCUCUCUCUCUCCUCUCGGCUCAGAGAGAGAGACACACUCAUCCACUCCCAGAAAAAGAAGAUAAAGAAGCUGAUGUCCAGAUCACUGUCAGAGCCACUUCCAAAUAUGGCUGCUCAGAACUCUCCAGAAGAAGAAGAAGGAGAUGAUGAAAAGGGAGAGAUUCUGGAAGAAUUUGUGGCAGCCCAAGUGGAACCAGUGAGAGGAAUCCCAGUGCAGAGGAAGAAUUUCAGAUCCAUCGUGAAGAAAAGCCUGCAGAAGAAACUGGAGAAGAUGGGACUAAGAAAGGGCACUAAGGGAAUCUCUACUCAGACCCUGAGGAGUCUAAUCUAUGAGCGAGGACAGACAUUUAGGAGUCAGUCACAAUUGCAGGAUUUGAGAAACAACCUUGAAGACCAGCUACAGCAAAGAGUGAGAGAGCGGCAGAGAAGCCAGGGAAAAUCUACGCCUAACACACACAUGCAGCAGAGAAAGAAGCUUCAUAGUCCAGUCAUGGCACAGAGCCCUAGACACGGAAAGUUCAGCCCCAAAAAUGCCCCACAGAAACGUGAGAUUCAUCAGCCUCCUACAGCUGCACCACGCUCCAAAGCUCCUUCACUCACACCGAUUCUACCGGUACAGCAAAAGAAGAACAGUACUCCACCCUUCAGCUCAGAAGAGGAGGAUGACGACGAGUCAGGAGAGGACAGUGCCUACAUCACCAGCUCUCGGGACAAACCGUCCACCUCUGUCCACCUCACGCCAACAAAGGAACAGCAGAGAGCAGGACACGAGCUCAACUGGUUAGACAGCGCUGAUUCAGAUGAAUCAGACACACAAAAACCACAACAGGCUUUUAGUGCACAUGGUUCAGUUGUUCAAACGCUGACAAAGAGUUUAGAAAAGCAGCUGAGCAGCAGCAUCACAAAUCCUGUAGGAGGAAUACGAGUGCUGCCUCCGGCCUCUCAGCCUUCACCUCGACCUUCCAUCAUCAAACAACAAGCGGUGUCUGAGGAAGAGAGUGAUGUGGAUUUGUCCUCCAUCGAGGAGCUCACUGCUCCGCCCACGGCCGGGCGCAGGACCUCAGAUGUGGGCAUCACCUCAGGCACUAGCGUAUGGAGCUCAGCUGCCAGCAGACCAGGAGCAUGGUGAAGGGCUUCAAUACUCUUCAAUUAACUCUUCAGUUUUCAUUUUCAUUUAAUAACUCUUAAGUCUUAAAACCAUCACUUACCUUCUUUAGUUAGCACUUACAUGCACAUAUUAUACUGUUUAUCUUUAAUAUGGAAAUGUGAAUUAAAUUAAAAUUAAAUUAUAUUUAAGUUAAAUUAAAUUUAAGGGCCAUUUUAUGACACUUAGCCAUGACAAGAGAAUUUAAUGAUUUAAUCAGGCUCAUGCUACAUUACAUGUAAUAGUUUGUCUGCAGAUCAUUAUAUAUAUUUCAAAUGAAGCUAAAUGCAAGUGAAUAUUUAAAUGCAAUAAUAAUAAUAAUAAUAUGGCAACUUUCAUAUGUGCCAUUAUUUUAAUCUUGAGGGUUUUUGAUUCAUCUGUGUGCAUGCACAUAUGUAUGUGCAUGUACAGGUAUUAUCACUGUUUGCUGAAAAAACAGGUGAACCUGUCAAGUUAAAAUCUUAAAGUGCUUUACAGGAAUAGUAGAAAAUAAUAUGUGAUAAUUAAAGAAAGAUUAUAAAUUGAAAAGAAUGUAAAAUUAAAGACAAAAUUAAGAAUGCAUAAAACAAAAAUUAAAAUUAAAAUUUAAAAAUUAUUUAAUAAAGUAGACAUUAUUUGGAAAAUGAAAGGAAGUAGACAGUUAAAACAUAAAGGCUAAAGCUGAAGUUUUCAUUUAAUUAAGCAGCAAUGCAUGAGCGAGAGUACUGUUAUAGUGAAUAUCAGCAUGGCUGUGAUUCGGCUAUAGGCGUGAGGCAGCAGGUAAUCACAGCCAUACUGACACUACAGCAGCACGAUUCCGAGUGUGAUAGUGCUUUUAUACAACAGUUCUAUAUACAAGAAAUUAAAGUUACUAAUGUCAGAGUAACUGACAUUUCAGAAACAAUAUGGCCAAUUAGUUUGUUUAUUUUUGCUCUGUCAGUGAAGAUAUUUCACAAAGAAGCCAUAUAUGAAUAAAUGAUUUGAAUGCUUUAAAAUCAAAUAAAGGUUAGGUUUUUUAAGAGAAACCUGAAAGCAAUGCAAAGAUGCUAGAAUAGGGGUGAUUUGUGCCAUGCUUCUAGUGAGUGUUAGUAGUCUUUUUGCUGCAUUUUGGCAUUUUGAAGUCUGGCGACAUAUUUUACCAUAACCCAGGAACAGUGUACUACAAUAAUAUUUAAAAAAAAAAAAUUUUGAUUUCAUUUUGUAGAAUGUUGUGUGUGACAGAUGUAAUGUGAGCUGUUUCUCAGGUGAAAGACACUUUAGUCACUAAGAGAUUUCAAUGUUUUCAGUCAAGAAUAACAACUGAUUCAUAAUUCCCACCUUGAACUAUGAAGUCACCUAGACUGCAUGCACUUUUGGCUUUGAUUUGGUGCCAGAAAAAGAAUUUCAGUCUUGCUUUCAUUUACAUUGUUAUUAGCAGGUUAAAAAGUAUAUAGACGUAUAUAUUGUGUGGUGUAGGACGUGUGUAGGACGUGUGUAUGACGUGUGUAUGACGUGUGUGUGGUGUAGGAAGAAUUCUGUAACUGAAAAUGUAUUUAUUAAAGUUAUGUGAAUUGCAAUAUGUCUUAAAAUAUUUAUGAUUAAUAAGAAUGUCAAUUUAGUAAUAAAUGGGU